CACUGUGAAACCCUAAUUCUCGCAACUAUAAAGAGUCCUAUUCUGCCCGGGCGCCGUCUCCACCUUAGUCUAUCGGCUGCCGAACUCCUCCUCCGUUUCUUGAAUCCCCAAUUCUCCAAGAGUUCUUAGUCCCAGCCAUGUCAGUCUCAGAGAUCGCUUGCACUUACGCCGCUCUCAUCCUAUACGAUGAUGGCAUCCCCAUCACGUCGGAAAAAAUCUCAACUUUGGUGAAGGCUGCCAACGUAACCAUCGAAUCAUACUGGGCUGCCCUGUUCGCCAAACUCCUCGAGAAGAGGAGCGUGGAGGACCUUAUAUUGAGCGUUGGAUCCGGUGGUGGCGGUGCUCCGGUUGCUGUCUCUGCUGCUCCUGCCUCUGGUGGCGCUGCGCCUGCCGCCGCCGCUCCUGCGGCUGAGGAGAAGAAGGAGGAGCCGAAGGAAGAGAGUGAUGAUGACAUGGGAUUCAGCUUGUUUGAUUAGAGAGUAAUUAUGGUCCCUUUUAGAAUUGGAUGACAGUUAAUUGUUACCGUGACCAAAUGUUUUUCUUUAUGGUAUUUAUGUUGCUGUCUUUUGUCAAGGAGUCAGUUCUCCAGUAUUCCAUUUUGGUAUUGCUAUUUCAAAGCAAUCGCACUCUCAGUUGAUGCUUAUCUUUAUCUAUAAAACUGGUUUCCUUUAUUCUUUAUGGUAAAAAAAAUUAUAAUUCUGUUUUA